AUGAAUCUCUUUCUUUUGAUACUCUUAUCCAUUACCUGUGUACUUGCUCAAGGCAACAGUACACGUAUUUUUGGGCAACACAAGUUGGUUGCUUAUCUCGUUGACUGGGACAUUCCUACUGUUAUUCCUUGGGAAAAGCUUGACCAUGUAGCCUAUGCAUUUGCUGUGCCUGAUGAGUCUGGGAACUUGAUACAGUUUGAUACGGCACGACUUAUGAAAGUUGUCAAUGAAGCACACGAGAAGAAUAAAGGCGUAAGCUUGGCUGUUGGAGGAUGGACUGGUUCUUUGUACUUUAGCUCUCUGUUAAGAACAGACGCCUCCAGAAAGGACUUUGCUAUUAAGCUACUUAAUGCUGUAGAGGAAUACAAGUUGAAUGGUCUCAACAUUGAUUGGGAGUACCCGAAUGACCCUCAUGGUGUAUCAUGUAAUGAAAAGGAUAAUGAAGAUACUAGUAACUUCUUGGCUUUCAUUCAACUUGUUCGACAGAUGCUUGAUGAGAAGUAUCCUGAAGAACAUAAACUGGUUACAACCGCUGUCAGUACUUAUACUUAUUUGGAUUCUGAAGGGAAAAGAAUAGAACACCUGGAUGAAGGGUGGUCAAAGUAUAUGGAUGCUUUCUAUAUCAUGGCAUAUGACCUAAGCGGUAGCUUUAGUACAACUUCUGGUGCUAAUGCACCUUUGAAUAUCGGAAAUGCUAGUGAACCUACGUUAAGCGGUGCUGCAGCUGUCGAUACCUGGAUCAAGGCUGGUAUCCCCUCUCAUCAAGUAUUCUUGGGCGUUCCUUUCUAUGGAUACACUCAUAGGACUAGCCAACAGGUCACCGCGAGCAGCGGUAUUCAUGUACCUUUUGACAGACAGAUCGAGCAAAUGAAGGGAGAUGAAUAUGAUGGCUACGCAGCUGAUCCUUGCCCUGACGCUCGUCCCUCUUAUUCAGGUGAGAUGCAGUGGAGAACAAUAGAACAGGAAGGUAUUGUUCGUAAUUCUUCUGGAUGGAUUACCUACUGGGACCCCACAAGUCAAACACCUUUUGCGUACAAACAAGACAAUCAGCAGUUUUUGACUUUUGAUGACCCUACUUCUUUAUUUAUUAAGGCACACUAUGCCAAGGACCAUCAACUUGGAGGAUUGAUGCUUUGGUCACUUGAAAUGGAUGAUGUCAACAGCACACUUUUGAAUGCAUUGCAAGUGGUUAGGACAUAACAUGUGUUUAUUUAUAUAACCAAUAAAAUUCAAAGAUACUAUCUGUUGGCAUUAUUCUUUCAAUAACCCAUUGUCUUUGCUUUACUUUUUCAAAAAACACUCGCUCUUCAGGGCUUCGUUCCUUGUAACUCAAGAGCGCUCUUGAAUUUUUGUUGUCUAGUAGCCAAUCUAGUGUGUCCAAGAGUACGUCGUGUGAUGAUUGAUUAUAGAGCACGUCCGUCAACAACACCAGAUCUACAUCUCUAUAUUCUUCUUGUCUUACGCCUCCCCAUGGCAACUCUCUGACAGAAACGAUGUCUUUGGUCUUCAUCAAGUCAACAUUUUGCUGCAUGAUCCCUAGAGC